AUGGCCUCACUUGACUCUUUGCCUUGCGAGAUCUUCCUCCAGAUCAUCCGCGACAGUUCUCCCCAGGAGCUAUGCCGUCUCAGUUACACCUGCAAGCGCUUGGCAUCAAUCGCUGGAGGCUGCUUAUGGAGGGACAUUGAACUUCAUGAGAAGGGAUAUCACGAGUCGAGCGCAGAGCUGAACGAGCCACUACCAUACAAAUCUCCCAAUCGGUUUCACCAUGAUUCGAAGAGGGAUGGUUGGCAGAGCGAUAUCAGCGAAAGAGCCAAGAGUCUCUUCACCAUGCUGCAGACGCUCCACACUCUCGAUGAAAGACGCCUAAGGGAUGUUGCUGGCAGAGUGAAGAGUUUGUGUACCGUGAUUGAGCCAGAGUGGAAGCCCAAUGAAAGUUCAGUUGCAGAGCCAGUUUCUGUUUGGAAGCUCAUACCCUAUUUCAGAAACCUCGAAUACUUGGAGCUCCACAGCACUCAUGGGACCUCCGACUGCAGAGAGCUUGAGGAGAUACCAGAAAGGCAUUUGACGAAGUUGCGCUUUGCAAAGCUCUUCGCUUAUAUCCCACGAUCUGUUGCAACUUACGUUCUACGGUCUCGCGAAACGCUCGAGCGCCUGGAGCUUGGUCUGUUGGAUCAGCCGCUGCCCAACACAGUCUGUAUCAGUGAGCAGGGCGCUGGAAAUCAUGGCCGAUGGGAUCAUGAACCCAGGGGAGUCAUUCCAAGACCACUCGGAAAUUUCGUCCCCGAUGGCCGAUUUUCUUUCUCAAGGCUUAGGCACUUGUACUCAUGUUCACCUUGCAAUGGCCGUGGUGAUUACUUCAAUCAACAUAAUGCUUGGUCGACGACCGCAGAGCGUGACAGUCUCGAGGCGUGGAAAAGGCUCAUCUUGGCGUCUAGCCGGACUUUGGAGACUCUCGUGAUCGAACAUCGACCUGCGGCAGGGAUUGAGGACAAUGAAGGGUUCUCUGAGGACGAGUUCCUCUCCACUGGAAAGACUGGUGCUGCCAACAGGGCAUUGGUGGAUGCCAUUGGGGACAUAAUCAUCGAUAAGGAGAAGCUUCCAAGAUUGAAACAUGUUUACCUGUAUGGGUUUGUGGCUGGUAGAUCAUAUGAAACAUCGUCUGUCCAUACACCAGGAGACUGGUUGAUCCAUGGGUUGGGAGCGAGAGAAGUCAUCUGCGAGGCCAGGAGGGGAAGAUGGUGUCUAUUCGACCAGGACUCGGGGGAAACAAAGUGGGCAAAGUGGAUUGGAGAUGGGAAUAGUAAUCUUCAUGAUGGCUAUAUGGGUAUACGUUGGUACUCGCUUCUGGCUCGUGUAUAG